AGCACGUUCCCGUUUGCCGCACAUCACACGCCGGCCGAACCCUCUACCUCCACCCCACAUGCCGACUUUCCCGAAUUACCCCUGCCCGCCCCACUUCCGGCUGCCGUCGUUAACGACCAGCCUAUCCAGCCGACAGUUGCCACCGAGCAGCCCACCGACGCCCAGCCCCACCCCCAUACAGCCACCGCCCCUCCGCUUCGUCCUCAACGGCAGCGUCGUCAGCCAUCCCAUCUUAGUGAUUACAUCGUCAAUUCUGUUCAAACUCCCGCUCCAUUGUGCUCAUUACCUUCCCAGUCGUCGUCUUCAGUCCCACACGCCAAUUGGCGUGCGGCAAUGGACACGGAGCUCCGAGCUUUG